UGUAGGGCUGCCCCCAAUGAAUUUUUUGAGCAUUGACGCUGAUAUAAGUAUCAGGAACAAGUCACUAUGGACGUCACGAAUGUAAUUGGAGAUUACGGCAAGUUUCAGAGGAACGUGUAUCUGUUCACGCUGCUUCGAGAAGCGCCGAGUGCCAUUCACCUCGUCAUAUACAGCUUCUUCUUUCCGACGGUGGAGUACUGGUGUGCCAUGCCAGAAACACUGACAGGAAACAUAACUUCGGUGCAAUGGGAACUACUUGCCUUGCCCAAUUCAUCCUCUUAUCCCCGUCACCAAUGCGAAUUCCUUGAGUUCGAUGUUACGGUAGAAAGAGUUGUGGUACUGGGAAACACGUCAAUGCCUUGUGAAACGUGGGAGUAUGGACGAAGCUACUACAAAGGAUCCAUGGUACAAGAAUGGGACCUCGUUUGCGACCGAGCUUGGAUGCGAAGUCUCGCACAGACUGCGACAAUGGUCGGAAUGCUCGUGGGCACACUGAUGUCCUCACUCGGAGACAAGAUUGGCCGGAGACCCAUCGUAAUAGCCGGUUACGUCAUCUGCUUGUUCGGAAGUGUUUGCGUCGCAGUGUCUCCGUCAUUUUCCAUCCUUGUGGCAUCAAGAGCACUACUCGGCUCUGGCUUAGGAAUGGGGCAGUCCUCAUCUUUCUGUUUGCUUAUGGAGGUGAUCGGCCUUAAGGAGACGACCGCCGCCGCUCUGGCGCUCGGCGUUGGCUUCUCCCUUGGCAUCAUCAUGCUUCCUGGCUUGGCGUGGUUCAUACAAGACUGGAGGAUGCUGCAAUGGGCUAUCACCACUCCUUUUCUGGCCUUCAUCAUUUGGUCUUGGUUCCUUCCAGAGUCCCCGCGCUGGCUUAUAGCGAAAGGCAAGAUGUCCGCAGCUCGUAAAGUAAUCCUUAAAGCAUGCACAGAUAACAGACUGCACGUCGACGACAUCGACAUUGUUCUGGCGCAGUUGAGAAAAAAAAUUUUGCAGGAAGAAGAAUCCGCAAAGACAAAAGCCAGCUUUGUCGACCUUGUAAGAAGCCGGAGAAUGCUCAUUUACACCAUCCUCUCGGUCACGAGCCUGGGCGGAGAUCCGUACCUGACGUUUGUUCUGGCUGCCCUCGUGGAGAUACCAGCGGUGCUCGUCUGCUACACAGCCGUGCGCUGGUUUACGAGGCUGUCCGACAAUGUUAGCCGUGUACGCCGGCACCGCACUCUGCACUUUUGCAGUGUGCUCGCUUUCCUGGAUUGGGUUGUACUACGCCAGAUGUGCGGCAUUGCGGGCAAGAUGCUGGCGUCCGUGUCUCUUGCGCUGCUCUGGAUUUUCGCUGCCGAAAUAUUCCCGACAGUGUUCCGGACAUUCGGUGUGAGCGCCUGCUUGGUCGGCACACGCAUCGGGUCCUCGACCGCACCAUUGCUUCUCGAACUGAGAACGUCCAGCAGUUACUCUCUGCCAAUGGCUAUCCUCGUUGGAUUCGCGACACUUGCUUCAGGGCUCAUGCUGCUGCUACCAGAGACGUUCAGGGUAGCACUUCCCGACACGAUACAUGAAUCCGUACACCUGGGAAAUUCAAAGAGAUCGAAGAACAACCAGUGCGUUGACCGCUUCAACACAGAGCCUCUACGCGAGAACUUAUAG